AUGAUAUUAAGACUUAAAUUUGCAGCAGUUCUGGUAUUUUAUAGUGUGACUAUCAAUUCAAAUUUGUGUGAUCAAAAUGUUGACGAUUCUUCUGUCAUAGCUCAUGUCCUUUAUGAGACAGUCAAUGAAUUUAUUAUUAAGCAAAAUUUAAAAUUUGAUGUAUUUGUGCACAGUUUGCGGAAUAACUCGGAUAUUCUUAAUGGUUUCUUAGCUAAAAAUGACUGUAAAUUCUCGUGCCGAAUAGUUACUUAUAAUAUGGAACCAAAAUCAGUGAACUGGAUGUUUAAUUCAGGUCUAAUUUUCGUAAACUCAAUUGAUGAAUUCUUUCAACUUACAGAAACUUUUAAUAUGAUGUUCAAUCAAGAUCAUGCAAUUAAGAGCUUCGUAUUUAUUCCCAAUUUAAAUUCAUCAGAGCUAUUGUCAUUUGAAAUUUGGAAAAAUCACAAACACCUGCGUCUUUAUACUGAUAAUAUUAUUCAUUAUUCGUACUUCAUUCUGAAUGAGUCGGAUAAAAUCCAUUUGGUGACUUUUGAAUGGUAUGCCUUUAAUAGGUGCAACUAUAUUACAACUUCAACUCUCAAUGUCUUUAACAAAAAGAGAAUGAAAUGGAAUUUCGAACUAAAGAAUUACGAUAAAUUUAUGAACUAUUAUGGAUGUGAGUUGAUUCUUAUGUUGCCAAUUGAUGUCGAAAAAAAAAACCAUAUUUCUGAAUAUGAUUGGAUCCAAAGCGGUAUGGAACAUCAGUUUGCAAAAGAAACGAUCAUACCUUUUAAAAUAGCAUCAAAAAAAUAUAAUUUUCGAAUAGGAUACCAAAUGGGAGUGUCAAGAAGUGACGAUUUAUUGUUCUCUGAUCCAAAUCAUAUUCGAAUGUUUUCACGGAACAGUACGAUAAAGAUUCCAUCAAUCUAUUUUGAGACUAAAGGACUUCCUGAAAUUUCAUUUCGCUGUGGAAAAACAAAUUCUUUUUCGGAACAGAAAUUGUUGAUGGUUUCAACGCCUGAAUUCUAUGAACCGUACAAUAAGUUGUUACUUCCAUUCAACUAUUUAACGUGGAUUCUGAUUUUUAUAACAUUUUUAACUGCAUUUAUGUCAAUGUCUAUUAUUAACCGCAGUCCUAAUAAACUUAAGAAUGUAGUCUAUGGCAAAAAGGUCACAAAUCCAGUUUGGAAUGUCGUUGGUAUUAUAUUUGGGAUUGGACGAACGCGACUUCCUGACAAAAGUUUAGCACGAUUUAUUUUGCUACUUUUCGUCUGGUUUUGUUUGAUUAUUCAAAUUUGCUUCCAGAGUAAGUUGUAUGAAUUCAUGACUAGUGAGCCCAGACGGCAGUCACCGAUGAAUCUUAAAGACUUGAUUCAAAAGAACUAUUCAAUGUUUACAGUACAGUUGUAUGAUGAAAAUGGAAAGCUAUUAAAGCCAAGAAAUGAAGAUAGAUUUACUGAACAUCGUAUUGAAGCAGAUAAAUUCAUAAAAAUGUUCUUAACGCAAGCACAAAAUACAUCAGCUAAAAUUUCUCUUAUAGCUGCUGACAUCUACUUUGAAAAGUUGAAACUUUUAGCACCAACGGAUCUAAAUUGGAAUGAAAUCGAUAUUAAGACUACAAAAAACUUAGUAAUAGCAUUUCGCGACAAUCCAUUUUAUUAUCCAAUGCUUACGAAGACAAUUAAUCAGCUUAUUGAUCCAGGAAUCAUGAAUAAAAUUAGCAACAACUAUUUGCAAAGGAAACGAAAAUCAAAAGAAUCCAAACUUCUUCUGAAAGUUUUGUCAAUGACUGAUCUUAGCUUUGGAUUUCACAUUUAUGUCUGGUGCUGUAUUGCUUCUCUUUUUGGAUAUAUAAUGGAGAUUAUGCAUAUGCUUUACAAAAUAGCUGAGAAAAUGGCAUUUCCGCAAGCUAGACCUGUUUCUAAUGCUGGGACCAGAUAUUGCACUGAAGAAAUAGUCGAAGAAAAUGGACAAGAAGAAAUUAAAGAUUCAGAACAACUAGAAGUGAAAAUUCAAGAAAAUCCUAAUGAAAGCCCAGAAAAUCUUAUCCACGAUAUUGAAUAUCUUGAAGUCAUUGAGGAAGAAAUUGAAACUUAUGAACAGGCAGCAAACGAAACUAUCAACAACAACUUAGAAGUUCACGCAGAAGUUUACAAAAACGAUGAAGUGCAAGAAUCACUGGAGAACUUUGAAGCAAAGCUUGACAUGAAUAAAUGUCGUCCUGCAACUGCAUCGUCAGAAAAUAAUUCAAAAACUUUAGUUUUUACUAAAUCUCAAGAAGAGGAACAACUAGCUUCUGACCAUCCACAUGAUUUACAGAAAGUUAUCUCGAAUUGUAUGGACUUAGAGUUAUUGAGCGUCUCUAGCAUGCAAGAAUCUUUAGAAAAUGAUUGUGAUGAAAACGAUAUUCAACUGGAUAGAAACUACGAUAUUUUACUGGUUUACUCAUACUUUUUCAUAUCUGAGUCUGAUGAAAUUAAACUAGUGUCAAUCGAGUGGUUUGGUCCGAAAAUGUGCAAACCACACUUAAAAACAAUAAACAUUUUCAACAAAGAGUCAAUGAAAUGGUUAUCAAAAUUGAAGAAUUAUGAAAAGUUUUUGAACUUUCACGAAUGUGAAUUGACACUUUUGGUUCGAGUCAGUGACAGGAAUACGAUUAAAUCUGAAUUAGGAUCAAUUACUUCAACUAUUUUCACGAUUGCAUCCAAAAAUUACAAUUUCACACCUACUUUUCAACUUGGUGAUUUCGAUUCCGAGCACAUACUGCAUGAGAGCAAAACAGAUGUUCAUCUGAUUCCGGUCAGUCAUACAAUUAGAGCCCCAAAUGUUUAUUUCGAAAUUAUUGAUAUCAAACGAAAAUCUUCAAGAAUUCGUACAUCAAACUCUGUUAUGGACUUACAAUACACAGUUCUUGUUCCACCAGGCGAGCUCUUCACACCCUACGAAAAACUUCUACUUCCAUUUGAUUUUUGGACUUGGAUUUUUGUCUUCAUUACUUUUUCAAUUACAUUUGUGUCGAUAUUCUGUAUUAAUCACUUGCCUGAGAAAAUUAAAGAUGUUGUGUAUGGCAACAAGGUCAGAACUCCAGUGUGGAAUGUAGUUGGUCUUAUUUUUGGGAUUGGACAGACGCGACUGCCUGAUAAAAGCUUUGCAAGAUUUAUUUUCAUUCUUUUCAUCUGGUUCUGCUUGAUUUUUCAAGUCUGCUUUCAGAGUAAGCUGUUUGAGUUUAUGACAAGUGAACCUCGACGUCCGUCACCGGUCAGUAUUAGAGAUUUGAUUGAUAUGAAUUAUGCAAUAUAUACAUUUUCAUCAGAAACUGCUUUAGCAAGUGGUUUAUACCACGGAAGUAAGAACAUUGUCCGAAUUAAUCCUGUUAAAUUCGCUAACCUUUUCAUGACGCAAUCUCGAAAUGCUUCAGCAAAACUUGCUCUUGUUAUUGAUGAAAUCAAUCUCCAAGCCUUGAAACAAUUUACUAAAACUAAUCCAGAUUGGAAACGAAUUGAAAAUGGAAACAAGUUCAAAUCACAACAAGUUUUUGCAUUUCAUGAUUAUGCAUUUCACUUCCGAAUGCUAAAAAAGACAAUUGACAACAUGAUUGACUCGGGACAAAUGGAAAAUCUUAUAAAAAAUUACUAUUCAAAUUCACCAAACAAUGAAGAUUCUUAUGAUGAUGAACCAAGAGUUUUAGCAAUGUCUGACUUAGAAUUUGGUUUUUAUAUUUGGAUUGGAUGUUGCUGCAUUUCGAUCCUUGGAUUUGUUUUUGAAUUAUUUUGGAGUUUUUUUAAGAACACUAAAACAUCAAUUCCCGUAGAAAGACCAAUAACGAAUCUCGGAACUAGAUAUCGAAGUGAUCAUGAACAAUCCGAUGAAAUUAAUAUUGAUCAGACAGAUGAAGUUGAUUAUGGAGAGACUAAUAAACAGAAAAUGAGACAAGAUGGUCAAGAUCAGCAACAUCAAAAUAUGAAUCAAAAUGAUGACAACAAUCUCGAACCAGAAGGACACAAUGUAAAAGUUCUAGCAGAAGUGCAUCAAUCUGAUGAAAUGGAAGAAUCCAUUCUUUAUUUUGAAGCUAUAAUUGAUAGUAAUGAAAAGCGACAAAGCGAAAGUCACGCAACUGAUUUAACAGAAGCAAUGUCAAGCUUUGAGUAUUGA